CGCGCGCCAUUUCUUGUCGUUUUCAAAGCGCCUCGCGCUGCUUCUCACGGGCCAGGCCGCCAGCCCCCCGCUCUGCCCUGCAGCAUAAUAAAAUGGCUAAUCAGGUGAAUGGUAAUGCGGUACAGUUAAAAGAAGAGGAAGAACCAAUGGAUACUUCCAGUGUAACUCACACAGAACACUACAAGACACUGAUAGAGGCAGGCCUCCCACAGAAGGUGGCAGAAAGACUUGAUGAAAUAUUUCAGACAGGAUUGGUAGCUUAUGUCGAUCUUGAUGAAAGAGCAAUUGAUGCUCUCAGGGAAUUUAAUGAAGAAGGAGCUCUGUCUGUUCUGCAGCAGUUCAAAGAAAGUGACUUAUCUCAUGUUCAGAACAAAAGUGCAUUUUUAUGUGGAGUUAUGAAGACCUACAGGCAAAGAGAGAAACAAGGCAGCAAGGUACAAGAGUCCACGAAAGGGCCCGAUGAAGCAAAAAUCAAGGUCUUCGUAGGUAAAAUCCCAAGAGACUUGUAUGAGGAUGAGUUGGUGCCCCUUUUUGAGAAGGCUGGUCCUAUCUGGGAUCUGCGGCUCAUGAUGGAUCCACUCUCUGGUCAGAACAGAGGCUAUGCAUUUAUCACCUUCUGUGGAAAGGAAGCUGCCCAGGAAGCAGUUAAACUGUGUGACAGCUAUGAGAUUCGCCCUGGUAAACACCUGGGAGUGUGCAUUUCUGUGGCAAACAACAGACUUUUUGUUGGAUCCAUUCCAAAGAAUAAAACUAAAGAGAACAUUCUGGAAGAGUUCAGUAAAGUCACAGAGGGUUUGGUGGACGUUAUUCUCUAUCAUCAACCCGAUGACAAAAAGAAGAAUCGGGGGUUCUGCUUCCUUGAAUAUGAGGAUCACAAGUCAGCAGCACAAGCCAGACGCCGGCUGAUGAGUGGAAAAGUCAAAGUGUGGGGAAAUGUGGUCACAGUAGAGUGGGCUGACCCCGUGGAGGAGCCGGAUCCAGAAGUCAUGGCAAAGGUAAAAGUCUUAUUUGUGAGGAACUUGGCAACUACAGUGACAGAAGAAAUAUUAGAAAAGUCGUUUUCUGAGUUUGGAAAACUGGAGAGAGUGAAGAAGUUGAAAGAUUAUGCGUUCGUUCAUUUUGAAGACAGGGGAGCUGCUGUUAAGGCUAUGGAUGAAAUGAAUGGAAAAGAAAUAGAAGGGGAAGAAAUUGAAAUUGUCUUAGCUAAGCCACCAGACAAGAAAAGGAAAGAGCGCCAAGCUGCUAGACAGGCCUCCAGAAGCACUGCGUAUGAAGAUUAUUAUUAUCACCCUCCUCCCCGAAUGCCACCUCCAAUGAGAGGUCGAGGUCGUGGAGGGAGAGGUGGAUAUGGCUACCCUCCAGAUUAUUAUGGUUAUGAAGACUACUAUGAUGAUUACUAUGGUUAUGAUUAUCACGACUAUCGUGGAGGCUAUGAAGAUCCCUACUACGGCUAUGAUGAUGGCUAUGCAGUAAGAGGAAGAGGAGGAGGAAGGGGGGGGCGAGGUGCUCCACCACCACCAAGGGGGAGGGGAGCACCACCUCCAAGAGGUAGAGCUGGCUAUUCACAGAGGGGGGCACCUUUGGGACCACCAAGAGGCUCAAGGGGUGGCAGAGGGGGUCCUGCACAACAGCAGAGAGGCCGUGGUUCUCGUGGAGCUCGGGGCAAUCGAGGGGGCAAUGUAGGAGGCAAGAGAAAGGCAGAUGGGUACAACCAACCUGAUUCCAAACGUCGUCAGACCAACAACCAACAGAACUGGGGUUCCCAACCCAUCGCUCAGCAGCCGCUUCAGCAAGGUGGUGACUAUUCUGGUAACUAUGGUUACAAUAAUGACAACCAAGAAUUUUAUCAGGAUACUUAUGGGCAACAGUGGAAAUAGACAAGUGAGGGCUUGAAAACGAUUCUGUCAAGAUCCAAUUGGCUCUAGAUCUACAUUCUUCAAACAAAAUUGGCGUAACUGUUUCAUCUUUAAGUAGCAGUUUGCUGCCAUUUGUAUUCAGCUGAAGAAGUCACUAUUGUGUAUAUACUCAAGGCUUCUUAUUUUUCUUCUUUUCUAAAUGCUCUUGGACAUUAUUGGGCUUGCAGAGUUCCCUUAUUCUGGGUUACAAUGCUUUUAUCGUUCCAAGCUUCAUCUUAGCUUCAGAACAAACUGUGAAAUCAUGAUUUUGCAGAACCUUUGGUUUGGACAGUUGUUUUUUCGGAUUUGGAACAGAUCACAUAGGAGUGUGAAGUAUGCUGUAAAUAAAAGUACAAGCCAGUGCUUUGUCUUAGUAGUUUUAAGAAAUUAAAGCAAACAGACUUAAGUUUCCUUGUAUUGAAGAUAACCUAUGACUGUAUGUUUUGCAUUCCUAGAAGCAGGUUAACUGUGUUUUUAAAUUGUUAUAACCACACCUUUUUGAAAUCUGCCCUACAAAAUUUGUUUGGCUUAAACGUCAAAGCCGUGACAAUUUGUUCUUUGAUGUGAUUGUAUUUCCAAUUUCUUGUUCAUGUAAGAUUUCAAUAAAACUCAAAAAUCUAUUCAAAACAUCA